CGCCUCCCUUCCCAAGUAAAUCCCGCCAGGUAGAGCCCGAAGGGUCCUCGUCACUCAGCCGAAGGUGCCUCCGCAGCGACGUUAGCAGCGCGGCCCCACGUAGCCCCAAGGACUCCUUUCACCGCCCUCCAUCGGGUUCUCGAGGCAAAGCCCGGGCAAUUCCCAGUCCCCACGCUGCCUUCCCCGCCGAACACCCCGGUAUCCCCGUUCUGCAGAGCAGCGGCGUGCGUGUGCACGUGUACGGGCACGCACAGAGGUCACUGUGUCUGUGCUCUUUGUUCUGAGAUGUCACCCUGCGCUGUGUGAGAGAUUCAACUUUUGACUGCUGACCAAACAAAACCAGAGUUCAUAGGGAAGUGCAGCUUCUGAAAUAAAAAUACGGGGAACCUAGACUGUGACGCAGGCAAGACUGCCGGGCUCUCUAGGGCGCAGGAGCAGCCCAGCUAUCUGGGGCUCCUCCGGCUUUCAGAAGGAGAGGGGUGAAACUAUAGACACACUCAUUCUGUGCUUCCGUAUGACAUUGGUGUUACCCCUGAGGAAAAAGAGAAUCUCUUUUAUGAGUAGGGUUUAAAGAUAACGGGGCGCGGUGGCAGUGUGGAGAAAUAUGGAGUUCCCUGCAGGAGCUGUGCUGUGCUUGCGUGUCCUGGUCUGCCCCUUGCAGAUAAGGAUGGCGCCUGCUGAGAAACCGGGUGCCUCCCAUGGACCAGGUGGACUGUGAGCUUUGACCUGGCACCUGGCAGAGGCGCGUGCAGCACCGGGGGAUGGCACAGACCUUUGUCAAACAGGUGGUGUCUUAGCCUAGCAGGGGUGUCUGAGGAUGUCUCAUUUCUCAUGCUGUUCCUGAACCCGUGACUCCAUUGCCAAUCCUCCUUUCUCCGAAAACCUGAUCCGGAAUGCGUGCUAUGCCGUGUGGAGGAUUUCUUAAAAAAUCUGUGCGAGAACAGCGGCUGUGGCAGGGUGUAGGGGCACCAGUGUCUGGAAACGUGAGCAGUAGUCUGUGUAGUGCACGUGUCACACGGCCCCUUAGUCUGACUUCUGCUGUGAGGCAGCUCUUCCAGGAGCUCCUGGGCUGCAUGCUCUGUAGGGAACCUUUUCACCAAGGGUUUCCUUGGUAGAAAAAAAGUUAAAUGUUAAAGAGGAAAAGUUGCUACAGAGAUGCUAAGAGGAUCAUUACAGCUGAUAGAAGUAUUUAAAAUUUGUAAGUCAGAAUUUCUCCCUGCAAGCAGUGAUGUGUCCAGGGUUGUAUAACACCACUGCCUUUAUGUGUGGAAGUGAUGGCUGAUGUAAGGGGCUACAACCCCAACCUGUAAUGCCAAUUCAGUUGAUUGAGGACUCCACAGACACCAAUGCUUUUUAUCUCUAAAGGAAAGCAGUGCCUGACCCUUUUUAAGUUUUUAGUUCUUACUGGCAUGUGGAGUUCCUUGCUGCAAUGUCAUGGGUUGUCUGUGAAGAGACUCUACAGAGCAAUAGAGGCAUAAAACAUAGAAGAUACCGAGUCUAAUUUAUUUAAACGGUUGCAUGGCUAUGGCUGUUGAAAUUUUUGUGUGAAAUAUCAAAUGAUUUUAUAUUGACUUUUGAAAUGCUGAGUCUUGGAGACAAACUCAAAUGAAGCGCAAACAAUGUCUCUUGCUUACAAGCAAGAAGGAGCCUGUGAAAGGCCAGAACUGCUCCCAGGUCUGCCUGAGGACAAAAAGCUGUUUCAUCUGAGGGAUUCUCAAGUACGUCAGAUUGCAAGACAUGGCAGGACAGAGACUGUUUGCAAUAGCAGCCUAGCAGUUGGAGUUCAGCUGCUGUUAGAAACACUACAAAGGCUUGCAAUCGGACAAAUGGCGUUCAGGGGUGUGAUAGCUUACAUCAGCUCUUCGAGCUCGGCAUCUAGCCCAGCCUCAUGUCACAGUGAGAGCUCAGACAGCGGUUUCCAGUCAUCCUCUUCGCCUGUACCAUCUUCUCCGAACAGCUCCUCCUCAGAAAGCGGAUGCAAUGGCCGGAGCAGCGAAGGCUCUGAUGGGGCACCGAAGAACGAUCGGCUGGAGGAGACUGUUAAAACAAACCAGUCCAGUGUUGCUGGUUUGACAAAAGGCCAUAAUGGAGUCACAAAAUUUAAUGGCAUGGUUCUUCUUUGCAAAGUCUGUGGAGAUGUCGCUUCAGGAUUUCAUUAUGGUGUUCAUGCCUGUGAGGGCUGCAAGGGUUUUUUCAGAAGAAGCAUUCAGCAAAACAUCCAGUAUAAGAAGUGCUUGAAGAAUAACAACUGCUCUAUAAUGAGAAUGAAUAGGAACAGAUGCCAGCAGUGUCGUUUCAAAAAAUGCCUGUCUGUUGGGAUGUCAAGAGAUGCUGUUCGAUUUGGCCGUAUUCCCAAACGUGAAAAACAGAGGAUGCUGAUUGAAAUGCAGAGUGCCAUGAAGUCCAUGAUGAACAGUCAGUUCAGUGGCCAUUUACCCAACGAAGCAUUAACAGAACAUCAAGACCAAGCACCUCAAGAAGACCUUUCUUCCAAGCCCAAACAAGAGCGGGAUACCAUCAAAAGCCCUUCUCCCCCUCCUACUGCUGACAUGGCUAAGGAAGAAGUGAUCGGGAUGGUCACUAGAGCCCACAAAGACACUUUCAUGUACAACCAGGAACAGUCCCAAAACCCUGCAGAGAUGAUGCAGCCCCAGAGUGGGGAGAGAGUGUCGAAGAACACCGAGCAAUACAUCUUGAGCAGUGAGCACUGUGUUGGAGGCCUCAGUGGCCCUCAGUACCCUGAAAGGGAGCAGCACCUUGGUGGACAGUACAAAGGGAGAAGCACGAUGCAUUAUACAAGUGGGCAUGCCAUGUGCUUCACAAAUGGCCACUGCAUGAACUUCACCAGCGGUUAUACUCAGCGAAUGUGUGACAGGAUCCCAGAAGAUGGCUUUUCUCCAAACAAGAAUACCACUUACUCCUGUAGCACUGGAGGAAGAAUGCAUCUGGUCUGCCCAAUGAGUAAGACUCCCCAUGUGGACCCAAACAAAUCUGGCCAUGAAGUCUGGGAAGAGUUUUCCCUGAGUUUUACCCCUGCAGUGAAGGAAGUGGUGGAGUUUGCCAAGCGCAUCCCAGGAUUCCGAGAUCUCUCCCAGCAUGACCAGGUCAAUCUUCUGAAAGCUGGGACCUUUGAGGUUUUAAUGGUACGAUUUGCAUCUUUGUUUGAUGCAAAGGAACGUACAGUCACCUUCCUGAGUGGAAAGAAGUACAGUGUGGAUGACUUGCAUUCAAUGGGAGCUGGUGAUCUGCUCAACUCAAUGUUUGAAUUUAGUGAGAAAUUAAAUGCCCUGCAACUUAGCGAUGAGGAAAUGAGUUUGUUUACAGCGGUUGUCCUGGUAUCUGCUGAUCGCUCCGGAAUAGAAAAUGUCAAUUCUGUGGAGGCACUUCAGGAAACACUAAUCCGUGCAUUAAGGACCUUAAUUAUGAAAAAUCACCCAAACGAAGCCUCUAUUUUCACAAAACUUCUUUUGAAAUUACCCGACUUGCGUUCCUUAAACAACAUGCACUCUGAAGAACUGUUGGCCUUUAAAGUUCACCCAUAGGCCUUUAGGUCUCAAUUUGUACUUGGACUUGCCUCGUGUUAAACUGUUUUGUGCUAAAAUAUGUAUUUAUACAGUUGUACCACUUGUUGGAGAGAGUUCACAGACUGUGAACAGUUGAUAGCUGUCCCAUAACCAUGCAAUAAAGCUUUGGCAGGUGCUUUCAGCUAACGAUGGCACAGCAUUCGGAGUCCUCCAAGGCAUCCAGACCCAGCUGUGCCACACUUCUGCAGAAGAGGUUGCAACGAGCCCGCGUAAAUAUGGACUGUUCUUUCAUUUAGGAAAAAAAGAACCACCACUGCCCUCUCACAUAAACUGAACGCAAAAUAACUAUGUGCUUACGGAGCAUGGAAUGGGGUGGGAGCAAUCCUGUGCUAAUAGGAAAAAGGAAGAGCUGAUUUAAUUGGUCUUUCACUUAUCUAAUAGAUGUAUGUCUGUGUCUCUUGAUAACUCACUCAUGGUUUCACUGCUGUUAUUCCAUUAAAUGCAAUGGAAUGAUUUCAGCCUGCACCAACUCUUCACCGAGCGUGUGUUCAUGCCAUGUGUAUAUAAUAUAAAUAGUUAAGUAGUGAGUGUUUAUGGCUAUAUAAAGUACAGAGUUGUGUGUAUAUAUGUGUAUGUAUAUAAAUAGUUCUAUACAUAAAGUAUACAUAUAAUUUCUUCACAAUAUUUUAAACUGUGAAGGAAUUUAAACUUAAAACAGAAGGUGAUCUAUGGAAAGAACCAAAUAGAUGCACUUUGCAUAUUGCUGAACUAAUUAUCUGAGCAUUUUUUAGAAAACAUCGAAUUUGCAUUAAUAUGCUGUGUUUGUUAAUUUAAAAAAAACAAAACCAACCAAGAGUGGCACUAAAGAGUCAGAGUCGGAUUCAACUUCCAAAAGGGGCUUGUAGAGAAUCUCAAGUGGAGAUGGUUGGUUGCGGCACUAAUGAGAUUGAUUGUCCAUUGCCACUGAGGUUCUUGCGUUCUGAUAAAGGUUAAAGAAGCACUAGAUGCUCUUCAAAAACUUCAGCACAGCCAGAAAGAAAUUAUCAGAUGAAUAACAGCAUGUAUCAGAGAAAAAAAAAUGGGAAAAAUGUAUCCAUGGUUGCGUUUGGGUGUAUGUGUGUUCUGUGACUGUUUAUUUCUUGCAAUACAUCAUUUUGCUGCUUCAUUGCUAAAUGAGAAUUGAAAAAAAAAAAGUGAGAUUUCCCCAUGUCUUUUCACCAUUUGGGCUUUGUGGUUCUCAUGCUUGUUCUUCUGGAGCUCUCUAUUGGUGCGUGUGCAUGUGAGUGUGUGUGAUGUGCACAGAAGGUGCAAUGGAUGGUCUGGAUUUUUUUUCUUAAAAAAACACCACAAAAAUCAACCAAACAAAUGGGACUUUUUUUUGUUGUUUAUGCCAGUAGCAAAUUACAAAGCAGAUUCUCAAGGCUUAAGAUUCUGCUGCUUUUCCAUCUAGGAAAGUGGCUCUCUGUGUUUUGUUUUUUUUUUUUUUUUUUCAUUUGUAGCAAGACCUGGCACCAGAAAAGAGAGAUUAAAAGAAGUCAAAGCAGUUGUGUUAAUUAGUUAUGUUUCUGUUUUGCUAAUGUGGGAAGAAGAUGCAGCAUCACCCUUGUGUUUAGUUAAGUUGCCUUAGAGGUAGCUCUCUGGGUCUGUAGUGUUUGGUAACACUACUCUGGAGGGAGGGACCUCUCCGUGUGUUACUGCAUCGAGAUGUACGUGGUCGACGCCAGGACCCAGAAAGCCACCGGGCUGCGGAAGCUCCUGUUUGCACCACAGUGGGUUGAUGGGAGCCCUCAUACCUGCAGUAGAGCUGGAGCAGGAGCAGACCUCUGCCUGUCCCUGAGCAUCGGGAGUUGGGAUGGAUAGAGGGGUGGCUUGCACUCUGCUGUGCUCAGGUUGUCUUUGGGCUGGAGGUUCUCCCUCAGAAAGGAGUAAGGGGGUGAGAGCAGGAAGAGGGCAGGUGCUUGAGUAAGAGGUGGGCAAAAUUCAGCUGUAGCCUUGACUAAGGAACAGAAGAUCCCACCCUUUCCCUUCCUCUGCAGCUGCUGCAGGGAGAGCUGUCCUGCUUCAAACUGCUUUAACCACUGGAUAAUGGCCCCUUAAUACAUACAGUUUUGCUACCCAAAUGUACUACUCUGGGGCAUGUUGUCCUAAUUUCUGUUAACAGUCUGCAUCCUACCAGUAUUAUUUGUUUGAGAGCUUCACUGAAUUAUGCAUUGAACCAUUCAGACUUUAGAAAGGACACAGUCACAUGUUUUAUAUUAUUUAGGAGCUGAAAUUACUUCUUUGUAGAUCCUGUUUCACACAUGGAAAGUACAGUUAACCCUUGGUUGUUUUGGGAGGGAAGGAGGCUUCAUACAGAGAUUGCCACCCUACAACUAUGUUUUGUUGUGUUUUGUUUUAUUUUUUUUUUCUUCUUAAAACUGUAUUAUUAAGCCUUUAGGAAUGUAUAACCAGGACUGAGUAAUUACUGCUUAUUAAAUUUUUUAGUUAGAUUGACCAUGUAUGCCUAUAAGUAGAUAUUCUAACUUGUGCAAUUUCAUUGAAAAUAAUCUUCCUGUACAUAAUGGAAAAACUCACAUAACAGAAAAAAAAAAGCCCCAAACAGAUUGACUGAACAAAAAGCUGAUUAAAGAAUGGUUCAAAAGUGACCCAUGUGUUACAAACACUAGCUGGACUCUUAGAAGAAAAUCUAAACUUAUUGUGUUAGCUGUGUAUUGUGAGCUCUUCUUUUACUGUGUCACUGGUUAUACACUUGUUAAAUGCUGAGAUAAUAGACUUCAUGCCAGGCAUUUGAGUACUGUAGAUUGGGUCAUUGCUGAAAGAUUAAUGUACUGUAUGACUUAAAUGAAAUUUUUAUUCUCGAUUUUAUUCUUGAUUUUGUUCUUGUUUUAAAAGAUUAAAUAUGGGCAUUAUGUCAGCAAGCUAAA